AGGCUCAUGUUAUCGUGGGCAUGACAUUGAAGGUCCCACCUUGUUUAACGUCUCAUCGAAUGCUAAAGUCAUUAUUAACCAAAGUUCUAAUCUCUUCUCUCUCAUAUAUAUACAUGUCCUUGUUUCGGCUUGAUGAAUAUUAAACUGAGGCGCAAAGAUGUCUAAAGCUUUUCUCAUUUCUAUGUUCACCUUUACGAUAUUACUUUUCGGCAAAGCAACAAUUAUUUUAGCACUGAGUGGAUAUCUCCCUGAUGAGGAACAGAAUGCUCUUCGUGAAAUUGCUGAUCAGUUGGGCAAAAAGGACUGGAACUUCAACCUGAAUCCUUGUGCUAAUAACUCAAACUGGAAUACACCGAAACGAGAAGAUAUUCCAUGGUACAACAAUUCCAUCAUCUGCAAUUGUACUUUCCCUGGUGGUGUAUGCCACGUAAAAUCAAUAUUUCUAAAAGGACAGGAUUUGGCAGGUGUCCUUCCGCCCUCACUGGCAAAGUUACCCUACCUCAAGACAAUAGAUCUUUGUCGCAACUACCUUAAUGGUACAAUACCCAAGGAAUGGGGAGCAACCAAAUUGGCGUACAUGUCUCUUUUCGUGAACCGCCUAUCUGGACCCAUACCGAAAUACCUGGGAAACAUUACUACCCUCGUAUAUGUGAACCUUGGGAGUAACAGGUUUAACGGGACCAUUCCAGCAGAAAUAGGGAAGCUGGUCAAUUUAAAUAAUCUCUAUCUAAAUGAGAUCAAUCUCACUGGUGAGUUGCCGACUGAAUUAAAUAAUCUAAAAAUGUUGACAGAACUGAGUCUAAGCAGUAACAACUUCACUGGAAAAUUACCUAAUUUCCGGAGCUGGACAAACCUUACGAGAUUAGAGCUAGAAGGCAGUGGUUUUGAAGGACCCAUACCUCCUAGUAUUUCCAUCUUAAAAAAUUUAAGGGACCUAAGGAUUAGUGACUUGAAUGGAGGUGCUUCAGAGUUCCCACUGCUAAAAGACAUGAGAUCCCUUAUGUAUUUGACGUUAAGGAGCUGUAACAUAACUGGAAGCAUUCCUAAUUACCUUGCAGACAUUGGAUCAUUGAAUACUAUGUAUCUGACUAGUAACUCUCUCAGUGGGCAAAUUCCAAAUUGGAUCCAGAGCAUAAGUGAAGAACACCACAUAGAUCUUUCCUACAAUAACUUCAAUGAGACUUCUGAGCAAUCAAUAUGCAGGGACAAUAUAAACUUGUUCAGAAGCUUUAAUGGAGAAAAUAGUUUAGAACAUGGAAAGUGCCUCACUCCUUGUUCAAAGGACUGGUAUUCCUUUUAUGUAAAUUGUGGUGGAAGGGAAGUUACGAUUGGCAACAUAAAAUUUGAAGCUAAUGAAGUAUCAGAAGGAGGUUCAGCAAAAUUUGUUCACUCAAAAGAGAACUGGGGAUCUAGUAGUACAGGACACUUCCAGGACUAUAACAAAACAAAGAAUCGCUAUGAAGCCUAUAAUGUAUCUGUGCUGAAAAUGAAGGACUCUGAACUCUAUGCAGAUGCGCGUCUAUCUCCUUUAUCUCUCACUUAUUACGGGCGUUGCUUAGCAAAUGGAAACUACACCGUGACACUUCACUUUGCAGAGAUAAUUUUCAGAGAUAAUAACUCUUUCCAGAGUCUUGGGAGACGGAUGUUUAACGUUUAUAUCCAGGUCAAGUUAUAAAUAAACAGUUCUUUUUA